UUUCAUUCCAAAGAGCAAAAGAGAUCGGGAGAAAAAGAGGGAAAGAGCAAAAGAGACGAAAUCCUACUCGUUGGAGUGUGUCUAAAUGCUCAGCUGAGAGCUCAAACCGAGGACGAACACAAACCAAACCCAGGAAUAUGGCCAUGUUUGGGAGUCGUGGAGUAAAGGGGGGCAAGUUCUCCGUUGAGGACCUGUACAGGAUCAGCAAGAAACCUAAAGCCUCGUCAGGGCCAGCAAGCAGCGCCGGGGCAAAAGGAGCUGUGCGAGGCCGUGGGAAGGGGCAGAAAGGAGAAACAGACGCUCUAGCCUCUCAGAUCCUGGAGGCGGCGCACAGACUGGUUGAGAGGCGACGUCUUGAGCUUUACCUGAGAGAGUGUGGCCUCAGCAUCAAUGACUGCCAAUCAGAGAGACAAGCCAUGCUGUACCGAAACCUCGGAAAGUCGGGUCUACGUGUUUCUUGCCUGGGUCUUGGUACCUGGGUGACAUUUGGAUCUCAGAUCUCUGAUGAGAUGGCAGAGAGUGUGAUGACGAUAGCGUAUGAGAAUGGAGUCAAUCUGUUCGACACAGCGGAAGUGUACGCUUCAGGCAGGGCUGAAAUCACUCUAGGGAACAUCAUCAAGAAGAAAGGCUGGAGACGGUCCAGUUAUGUAGUAACGACUAAGAUCUACUGGGGAGGACAGGCAGAGACAGAGAGAGGCCUGUCCAGAAAACACAUCAUAGAAGGUCUCAGAGGUUCCCUGUCUAGACUACAGCUGGAUUACGUGGAUAUUGUCUUCGCCAACCGAAACGAUGUGAACAGCCCUAUGGAAGAGGUAGUACGAGCGAUGACAUUUGUUAUAAACCAGGGAAUGGCCAUGUACUGGGGCACGUCACGCUGGAGUGCCAUGGAGAUCAUGGAGGCGUACUCUGUAGCGAGGCAGUUUAAUUUAAUCCCACCGGUAUGUGAACAGGCCGAGUAUCACUAUUUCCAGAGGGAUAAAGUGGAAGUGCAGCUGCCAGAGCUCUACCACAAGAUCGGUGUUGGAGCCAUGACCUGGUCUCCUCUGGCAUGCGGGCUGAUCACUGGCAAAUACAGUGAUGGUGUUCCAGACUGUUCAAGAGCAGCAAUUAAAGGCUAUCAGUGGCUAAAGGAGCGAGUGUUCAGUGAAGAAGGACGCAGACAGCUGGCAAAAAUCAAAGAGCUCCAUCUGGUGGCUGACAGGCUGGGCUGUACGGCUGCUCAGCUCGCCAUUGCGUGGUGUUUGCGUAGUGAAGGGGUCAGUUCUGUACUUCUUGGUGUCUCCAAUACAGACCAGCUUCUUGAGAACCUCGGAGCCCUGCGGGUGCUGUCUCAGAUGACGCCUCAGACUGUGAGCGAGAUGGGAAAAGAAAGAAGAACAUUAUUUUUAGUUUGA